GAGAUCGAGAUAUAAGUAGGUUGUUGACAUUUUUACCGUCAGUUUACUUUAGAACCUGGCGAGAUGCGGUUCUCGGUAUUAAUUCUGUGUGUAGCUCCUCUGAUAGCUGCUAAUAAAACUUUGUUGUACUUGGAGAAAUACGGCUAUCUCAACAGCAACGAAACAUCGCUGACUAACAAUAUUAAGGACGCCAUUACGAGGUUUCAGGAGACGUUCGGACUACAGGUGACCGGAUAUGAAAACGAGGAGACGCUGAAGCUGAUGGACACACCCAGAUGCGGUAACUCGGACGAAGGCAUAGCCCCGUUUUCCGUGAACCCAUUAGUUAAAUGGAACUCAACUCGGGUCACGUGGAACAUGAUUGGCUCUGGCAUCCAGUAUGCCAACAUCGUUGAGAGAGCGUUUUCCUUGUACUCCAAGCACUCUGCUCUCGAAUUCCGUAGAAGUUACAGUAAUCCCACUAUAAUGGUAGUGAUUUCCCCUAAGAAACACGUGGCGUACUACCUUUAA